AUGGCAACCUUCGCAACCUUCCCCGCCAACACCCUCAUCGACCCCGUCCCCUUCAAACUCGGCAUCCACGACACCGCCAUCGAAGAACUCCAGACCUUACUCAAAAUCACUAAACUCGCGAAACCGACAUACGAAAACACGACGAAAGACGCGAAUUACGGCGUCUCUCGUGACUGGUUGGAAGAGGCAGUACGGUUUUGGAGAGAGGAUUUUGACUGGCGCAAACACGAGAAGGAAAUUAACGCCUAUCCGCAAUACACGAUGCUCCUCGCUGCCCCGGGACAGAAGUCAUACCGCAUCCAUUUCGCUGCCUUGUUUUCGCAGAAACGUGACGCCGUUCCAAUAAUAAUGUUUCACGGCUGGCCAGGCAGUUUCCUCGAGUUCCUCCCUGUUCUCACACAUCUCCAGAAAGAAUAUACGCCGGAGACUCUACCUCAUCACGUGAUUGUCCCAUCACUGCCCGGCUUCGCAUUCUCAGAUCCUCCACCGUUGGAGUGUGAUUUUAAUUUAGGUAAUGUUGCCGCAAUUAUGGAUCAGCUCAUGGUUAAUCUUGGGUUUGGGGAUGGCUACGUGGCGCAGGGUGGGGAUUUGGGGAGUAAGGUUGCGAGGAUCUUGGGGAGUAGGUAUCAGGGGUGUAAAGCUGUGCAUGUGAAUUACUGCUACCUCCCCGAGCCGGAGAAUGUUAAAGGGGAGAUUAGCGAAGUCGAUCGAAGAGAUAUUGCACGAGCGCAGAAUUUUAAAGAAACUGGCUCUGGCUAUGCGCUGGAGCAGGCCACGAGACCGGCUACGCUGGGAAUUGUGUUAUCGAGUAGUCCACUUGCCUUGCUUGCUUGGGUUGGAGAAAAAUUCCUCGAAUGGUCCGACGAAUCACCUAGCUUGGAUACUAUCAUCGAAGCUGUAGCAUUAUACUGGUUUACUGACACGAUCUCAUCUUCGUUCUACAAUUAUCGCCAGCCGUAUGUAUCUGAGAACGCAGGCGGUCACGCGAACAAAGAGUAUUACAUCAAGAAACCAUUCGGCUAUUCGUCUUUCGCAAUGGAGAUUACGCCUGUGCCGAAAGCAUGGGUGGCGGAAACAGGAGAGUUGGUGUUUUAUCGGAGACAUGACAAGGGAGGUCAUUUUGCUGCGCUUGAGAAGCCCGAGGUUUUGUGGAAUGAUCUGAAGGAUUUUAUUGAGCAAGUCUGGGUAGCGUGA